CAAACACACCAGUCUGCGUUGUAGAAAACCCUCUCACUCAAACAGCAGCAGCGGUACUGGCAGUACGAUCAAGGCCUUUCCUUCAGUCUCCACAGGCAAACUCCGUUUUCACACCGGCUGCCUACUCCAGGCAUGGCUGACGGCUGUACCCAGUCAUGGCACUGCGACAUUACACCCUCGACUUCAACCUCUCAGCGCCAGCUGACUGUCCUUCGACUGUGCGUGGGCUGCAGUCUAUAUUUCAAGAGCAGGAAAUGACAGAGACUGUCCAUGACACUGAGGGACAUGGAUACCUUGCUACCUUCAUUGGCAAGAAUGGCAGGUUGGUUAUUCUGCGUGUGCACUCCCAAGGUCUGGUUACCGUUGAUCUGCAGUGUUGUGAAGGAGAUAACAUUGCACAAGUAGAUAAUCUUUUGAAUGCACUGGAAAAGAAGCUAAAAAGUCUCCUACAUGGAAACAUUAGGGGGGUCAAGAGGCUCCCAGCUCUGACACGAGGCGCAGCUGUUGAUCGAUACUGGCCCACAGCCGACGGCAGACUGGUGGAGUAUGACAUUGAUCGGGUUGUAUACGAUGAGGACUCUGCAUACCAGAACAUAAAGAUCUUGCACUCACAGCAGUUUGGCAAUAUCCUGAUCCUCAAUGGGGAUGUUAAUCUGGCAGAGAGUGACCUGCCCUACACCCAGGCCAUCAUGGGCAGAGGGAAAGAGAACUAUACAGGAAAGGAGGUGCUGAUCUUAGGAGGCGGUGAUGGAGGAAUCCUCGCUGAGGCCGUCAAACUCAAGCCAAAGAUGAUCACCAUGGUGGAGAUCGACCAAAUGGUGAUUGAUGGGUGCAGGACGCACAUGAGGAAGGCUUGUGGAAGUGUUCUGGACAACCUGAAGGGAGACUGUUACCAGGUGUUGGUGGAGGACUGUGUUCCGGUUCUGAAAAAGUAUGUGGAGGAAGGGAAGACGUUUGAUUACGUCAUAAAUGACCUCACAGCAGUUCCUAUCUCCACAGCGCCAGAGGAGGACUCUACAUGGGAGUUCCUACAGCUUAUCUUGGAUCUUUCAAUCAAAGUACUGCGUCCUACUGGGAAGUACUUCACACAGGGAAACUGUGCAAAUCUGACUGAGGCACUGGCUCUCUAUGAGGAACAGCUGGGAAGGCUCUCAUGUCCUGUGGACUUUUCCAAGGAGGUGGUUUGUGUGCCCUCUUAUAUGGAACUGUGGGUUUUCUACACCGUUUGGAAGAAGUAAAGAGCUCUCAUUCAAGCCCUGCCUGCCGGAAUGUGAAAACUGUCCCCCCACCCAUGAUCCGCUAUCGCACUGAGGGGCGAUAUGACCC